GGACUUAGGCGGAGCGCGCUCCUCCAGUCCGUACGGGGUGUUUGUGGGCCCAAGAGGCCACCGUAGCCCGGGCCGCCGUGUCCCAGCAUGCCCCACGCCAGGGCGGUGCUGCUUUGGGGUCCCCGGGCGCUUGGCCUAGGGUUGCGGUAGCGGGAGACUACGCCGCUUCCCGCGAGGCCGUGAUGGCCGAGCCAGCUUCGGUAACCAUUACAUUUGAUGAUGUGGCCUUAUAUUUUUUGGAGCAAGAGUGGGAGAUCUUGGAGAUGUGGCAGAAGGAAAUCUAUGCACAAGUGAUGAAAGCCAAUUAUGAGGCUCUUGAUUUCCUGGGCUGCUCUUCUUCCAAGCCACACCUGAUCACCUUGAUGGAACAAGGGAAAAUGUUAUUAAUCAGAGGUGAGGGAGGCUUGAACAGAGCAGGAAUGACAGUAAGCCCUUCCGCUGAUGAGCUGUUCAACUUUAAUACUGAUGCCCAAGGAACUCUCAGGACAAAAGGAGAAGAAUGCCAUUUAAAUGGUCUUCACAAUCAGGACUUGUGUGCUAACUUAUUUGGGAAGGAACCAGAGGGUUUAUCAGAUCAGAGAGCCAACUUUCAGUCUCCACGACUCCAGGAAACAGAGAUCAUAAAUAAAAAACUUCACACUUCAGCACUUAAUCAGGACAAGAAAAACCCGUGGUGUAAGCCUAUGAGUGCUGCAGGCCACUUGGAAAUUCAUCCAGAGCCCAGAUCCUACUCCUGCUUUGUCUGUAGGGAAGCCUUCCAGAUGAAGAGCAUCUUAGUAAAGCACAGAAAGAGCCACUCCAAGAACCAGCCCCGGAAAUGUGCAAAGUGCACAAGUAAACCCAGAGGGCAGUCAGAACACAGGCGGACCCCGAUGUUCCCUCAAAGGAAGAAGCCAUUCCAGUGUAGUGAGUUCAGGCAGAGCUACUACCUGAGGUGCAGCCUGGCCACUCACCAGGCUGUCCACACAGGGCAGCAGCCCUUCCCCUGCCCCAACUAUGGCAAGGCCUUCCAGUACAAGGCCAAUUUGAGGAAGCACCUGCAUCUGCACAGCAGGCAGAAGCUGUUUUGCUGUGGGGAGUGUGGCAAGGGUUUUGCCCAGCAGUGCAAGCUCACCGAGCACCUUUGCCAGCACAGUGGGAAAAAGCCCUUCUGCUGCUCAGAGUGUGGCAGGUACUUUACCAGGAAGGCUGCCCUAAAGACCCACCAAAGGAUGCACAGUGGGGAAAAGCAAUUUGAUUGUGACGACUGUGGGCGGAAAUUCAUCUACAAGACCAAGCUCACAGAGCAUGUCAGGGGUCACACAGGAGAGAAGCCCUUUCCAUGUCCUGAGUGUUACAAGAGUUUCCGCCUACAGAGAAGGCUCAUAGCCCACCAAUCCCAGGACAGGGGGAAGCAGCCCUUCCAGUGCCUGGAGUGUGCCCAGAGCUGCUUCUGGAGGAAUGCCAUGAGGCCUCACCAGUGCCUGCACAGGGAGGAGAAGCCCUUCUGUAGGGACUGCGGCAAGAGGUUCACCCGGUCCUCCAAGCUGGCAUGCCAUGCUGGCGUCCACACCUGGCAGAAGGAGUUCCCCUGUACCCAGUGCACAAAAACCUUUCCUUGGCAUUCUAGGCCCACACAACACCUCAAGAUCCAUGCUGCGGAAAAGCCCUUCUGCACCACGUGUGGCCAGAGUUUCCGGGGCCACUGGCAUCUCCUGGAGCACACGUGGCUUCACAGCAAGGCACGGCCCUUCUGGUGUCCUGAGUGCAAUAAGAGCUUCUCCUGGAAGGCCUCCAUGAAGUCCCACCAGCACACACAGAGGGGCGAAAAGCCUUUUGAGUGUGGCGAUUGCGGCAAGUCCUACGCUCAGCAGUCGCAGCUCACUGAGCACCUGCGGGUCCACAGUGGGGAGAAGCCCUACCAAUGUCCCCAGUGUGACAGGAGUUUCCGGCUCAAGGGGAAUCUGAAGAGCCACCUAUUCCAGCACAGUAGCAAAAAGCCCUUCUCCUGCAAUAAGUGCGGCAAAAGCUUCACCCACCAGUACCGGCUUACAGAACACUCUCGGGUCCACAGCGGCGAAAAGCCCUUCCAGUGUCCAGAGUGUGACAAGAGCUACUGCAUCCGGGGUAGCCUGAAGGUCCACCUGUAUACACACAACGGGGAGAAGCCCUUCCAGUGUCCCGAGUGUGGCAAAGGCUUCCUCCAGAAGAGGAGUCUGACGGCCCAUCUGCAGCAGCACAGUGGGGAGAGGCCUUUCUCCUGCGGAGAGUGUGGAAGGAGCUUUACCUACAUGGGGGCUCUCAACACCCACCUCACUGUCCAUGCCAGGGAGAAGCCUCUCCAAUCUCCAAGUCAAGCCACACAGUCAGGGGGUGACAGCUGUUAGGGGGACCCAGCUGCUCAGUUGGCUCUACUUAAGACAGGGUAAAGAAUUCACAGAAUGCAGCCAGACAUGGUGGCACAUGCCUGUAAUCCUAGCUCUGGGGAGGCUAAGGUGGGAAGAUUGCCCAUAGUGAAUUCAAGGCCAGCCUGAACCAUGUAAGGAGACCCUGUCUUAAAAAACCAAAAAUAAGUAAAUCCAUAGAAUACAGGCUACAGGCACUCUGGCCAGAUGUGUAAUCAGCAGGACCUGAUGGCUUUUAACAAAAAUUACAGGUAACCUUGGCAAGACAAAGACAGACUGCAAGUCAUGUUAGGAGUAAGAGUGUGUGUGUAUGUUGCUGGGGAUUGAACCUAAAGAAGCAUUUUACACUGAUCUGCUAGAGAGUUUCUAUGCCACCAAAGCGUAUGACAGUCCCUUCAUUAAAUUAGGAAACCAUGGCCCGAAAAAAUGUGACAUACUAGAACCUUUCUCCCCAUACACCUGCCAGUUUUGCCACUGCUCGGCCUUGCUGUUUAAAUUUGUCUUAAAAUCUUCAGUCUUUUCUCUCUCAGAGUGGAUUUUCAUUUUUCUCAAAUGGUGAGACAGCAUCUGUUUCUUGGGGGAAGUUUCUCUGUAUAACUAAAAAUAAAUGUUCAUCUCAUUUAUCAAAAUGA